CUGGAGGAGGGGAAGCCAUCUGCAGACUUCGCCUUCUUCGCAUCCUUGGUCCUGAGAGCUUCUGUUCUCUCUCCCAGAGGAACAUGGCAACGCUGAAAGAAAAACUCAUCGCCCCAGUGGCCGAGGAAGAGGCCCCGGUCCCCAAUAACAAGAUCACCGUGGUGGGCGUCGGGCAGGUCGGCAUGGCCUGUGCCAUCAGCAUUCUGGGAAAGUCUCUGGCUGAUGAGCUUGCCCUUGUGGACGUCCUUGAAGACAAACUCAAAGGAGAAAUGAUGGACUUGCAGCACGGCAGUUUAUUCCUUCAGACGUCCAAAAUCGUGGCUGAUAAAGAUUAUUCCGUGACGGCCAAUUCUAAGAUUGUGGUGGUGACAGCGGGGGUACGUCAGCAGGAAGGGGAGAGCCGCCUCAACCUGGUGCAGAGGAAUGUCAACGUCUUCAAGUUCAUCAUCCCUCAGAUCGUCAAGUACAGCCCCGACUGCACCAUCAUCGUGGUCUCCAACCCAGUGGACAUUCUCACCUAUGUGACUUGGAAACUCAGCGGCUUGCCCAAGCACAGAGUGAUCGGCAGCGGCUGUAAUCUGGAUUCGGCUCGAUUCCGCUACCUCAUGGCUGAGAAGCUCGGUAUUCACCCCAGCAGUUGUCAUGGAUGGAUUCUGGGCGAGCACGGAGACUCGAGCGUGGCUGUAUGGAGUGGCGUGAACGUGGCCGGUGUUUCACUCCAGGAACUGAAUCCGGAAAUGGGCACGGACAAUGACAGUGAAAACUGGAAGGAAGUGCACAAGAUGGUGGUGGAAAGUGCCUAUGAGGUAAUCAAGCUGAAAGGCUAUACCAACUGGGCCAUUGGGCUGAGCGUGGCUGACCUCAUUGAAUCCAUGCUGAAAAAUCUCUCCAGGAUUCACCCCGUGUCCACGAUGGUGAAGGGUAUGUACGGCAUUGAGAAUGAAGUGUUCCUGAGUCUCCCGUGUAUCCUUAAUGCCCGGGGACUGACCAGUGUCAUCAACCAGAAACUGAAGGAUGAGGAGGUAGCCCAGCUCAAGCACAGUGCCGACACCCUGUGGGCCAUUCAGAAAGAUCUCAAGGACCUCUGACUCCUGCGAGCCGGCCAGUAGACACACACAGACUCCGGUGCGCUGAAAUCCUGAGCCUUUUCUCCUUUCCCCUUGUUCCUGGAUCAAGCCUGCCUCGCUCUCAGAAUCCAUGCUUGCCAUCAGAGCUCGAGAACAAAUAAAAUCAACUCGUGCAGUGUG